AUGAACGUGGUCGUCAACCUGAGCGAGUCCGGGGAGCCGCGUUCCCGUUACCCUCGCCUGGCCUCAUAUGUUGCAGUCCUUGUGCCCAAGCAUUUGGUCCUGGGGGUCGGAUCCCAGGAGCUUUCUGAGGAGCGCUAUACUCGUCGGCGAGUCGGCUCCAAGCAAGAAUCAGUCGAGGUUCCUGAUAGGCCAGUCGGAUCAGAGCCGAACGAGUCGUCGGGGGAGUCCACCGAAGAAGGCCUUGGUGGUGGAGUGACUCGGGGUCAGCAGGGCCUUGUACACGCCCACAGACUUCGGCGACCAGCUAUCGCUCUAUCGCAGGGAAAUACGGAAGCAGGGACUCUCUGGAUACCACGCGCCUCGAGAGGGGUAGAGCCACCGCUGACGACCACGCACUGGCGCGGUAUGGAUGGUUAUCCACAAACUAAAAAGGACGGCACAGCCUGGAAAAUUGGCAACCAUGAUAGGCCCGCCAACUUUGUUGCCCGUGCACGUAUACGCCGGGCCGUUACCAAAACACUAGCGCCGUCGAGCACGACAGCCGCCGCCACGGGCUUCAUCCCCAUAGCGGGCCCAUUCGGCGGCGGUCAGGAACUCGCCUACUCGGCCUUCUUAGAUGGCGGCUCUUCCACGCCUUUUCCAGCAGGCUUCUCGAGCUACGCCAGCCCCAGCCGGCAACAAAACUCCAAGCAGGCCUACGGCGGCGGCUUCGACUACGGACGCUCGACCACGAGCGCAUUUUCCGCCGGCUACGAGUCUCUGGGUAGCGGAAACUUCCAGCUAAUCCGCGGCGGAGUCUACGCUGAUAACCAGGCCAGCUCUAGCCAUGUCCCCUACUAUGUGCAGGGACCCAGUAGUGGUUACCAAGCCUAUUCAUACGAUGAAGACACUGGUGGGCCUGUUCUGGGCUUCCAGGGUUUCGAACAUUUCGGUAGCCCACUGCACAACGCCCUCAGCAAGAACACUCACGUAGUGGGUGCCUCGACAGAGCACAGGACACGCACAUCAACACCCAAGCCACUAGCUACAGGCGAAGACCACUUAAGGGCCAUGGAAUAGCUCAGAGUAUAGGCGAUAAUUCUGCGGCCAGAGACAUGUGAUCGAGGCACCUCAGACGACUUCUUAGAGGUCCGCGGUAGCUGCUGUGAUCACACUGUCCUGCGUAAGCGUCGUAAGCACCAUUUUAGGCCCAUUCCUGCAGACCUUUUAACCAAACCAGGCUUAGUUAAUUCAUUUGGGGGCUUCAAACAUUCGGGACAGCAAGAGAAUUGUUCUUACUCAUACCAGGAAGUGUCUCGUGCUGCGCGUCCUCGAGGUCUGCCAAGCUUGUCAGCCUUUUUUGUAGACUGGCUAUAGUGGCUGAAGCUUCUUAUGUUUCCAGACAGCAUGGCUUGAGUAGCAUUUAGAGAAGAGUAUCGACUUCCUGCUCGUGCAUUUUUCUUUGGAGUUGAACUUAACGAGACGCCUAUAUGGAACUCUGCUACGUGACAGUGUACGGUUGUGCUAUAUUACGGAGACAUGUGAUGGCUGCGGCGGACGCUGACCUUAUUUUGUUUUGUGUCAUAACAUAUUUUGUGCUGUUUACUAAAGAAAACAGCCCGGACUAUGCGAGCCAUCUGUCGUGAAUUGAUAUGAGACAUGAAACUACAACGUCAUAUGCGUUCCAAACAAGGCAACAAAUUCUUAUUGGUAACAGCUCACGGGUGGCUCAUUGAUGCCAUAGAAAAUGUACGAAUCUAUUGAAGCUGCUUUUAGGUAACAACUUUUUGGUGUCAGCAGUGUAUGAAGUUCACACAAUCACAUUAGAUGUCGGGCGUUCUGUAUGGCAUCGGCACCGCGUUUACUUUACGUUGGAUACUGAAAUGCGCAAAAAACGGAUUUUAAGCGGCAGUCACAAUUACAA